AUGAGCAGAGGCGCUGGUCGAGGCAGAGGCUCGUGUCUCACCCGCUCCAGACUUAAUUACCCCAGAGCUCGUCAAGGGUUUUUUAUCCGCCCUCAAACCCCACGAGGAACUAAUCAGGAAACGUUUUCACACCAGCAGCUCCUGACAGAGCGGGACGCUGACGUCUGUUUGCCUCAGAGAUCGCACGAGAAAUCACGUAUCGGGGGCACGCGGGCGGCGGCACCAGCUCUGGCAGAGACACGGAAACCUGGCUGCGGCCGAGCGGGAUGGUAUAAACCCAGCAGCGGGCGCCCGUGGGGAGAAGCGUCGCCACGUUACUGUCCUCCUCGGUACGAUCAUCAGGAGAACUCGGAGAGAGAUUCUGACACCAUCAGGCUGAAUUUACAGAGUCUGUCUCUUGCCGGACGAGACCGUGAGGAAGAAAUUCUGACGAUUUUCCGGCAGCUUGGGGAGGGGAAGACUUGUACAGUUCAUGAUCUUUCACGGAAGCUUAAAACCCAAAAGAAAGAGGUCAACCGCAUUCUGUACAAACUCCUGCGAGAAGGGAAACUGCACAAAGGUGGGGAGACGCCGCCACUGUGGAGGAUUGCCGGCCCGAUCGCAGGGAGAGAAAGGAGCCCCGCGGCGCGCGGCGGCGGUCGCACGUAUCCGGCGUGUGAGAGCAGAGGAGAGGAGAGGAGUGCGGCUGGCUUGGGAGACACCGAUCCCACGAUGGCUGAGACGAAGGACAAAAUCUGCAACUAUUUAUUCAGCGUGGAAGAAACGACGGCGCUCAACCUCGCCAAAAACAUCGGGUUUUCGAGGGCCAAGGACGUGAACGCCUUCCUGAGCGCACUGGAGAAGCUGGGAGAUGUCCGCAAGCAGAACACGAGCCCCCCGCGGUGGUCCCUGACUGACCGGAAACGCGAGCGGAUGCAGAUGAGGCUGAAGGCCAGCGCGGUAAUGCAGACAGCGGAUCCCAUGCCGCAGUCGGGUUGUCCCCCUUCCUCUGUCCCUCCCUGUCCCCAGGAGGUGACGGUGGCUUCACCAGCAGCGACGGCGUCGGAGGAGGAGAGCGUUGAGAAUGGACAUCAGCCCAUGGGGCCGGCGGAUCGGAGCGAUGGCAAUGACGCCAACGCCGCCCCACCACAGGACAUCAAGCCCGAAUUUCCCAGUCUGAGCCACUACGACAGCACUGAGAACGGGUGGUGGGCCACGGAUGAUAUCCCGGAUAACCUCAAUGCCAUCCAUGCGCAGCCCGACGAGCCAGAGCCCUUCCUGGGCUCCCAGUCCUCCCCCAGUUUCGCCGCGCAGCUGGAAGGCGCUCUGCCCUGUACGCCCAUGGAGAAGCUGCUGGCGUGUCAGGAGAAGAACCCCGUCAGCGGCCUGACCGAGUACUCCCAGUACACCUCCCAGCACUGCGAGUUCACCCUGCUGGAGCAGAGCGGGCCCUCGCACGAGCCGCGAUUCAAGUUCCAGGCAGUGAUUAACGGGCGCCGGUUCCCACCAGCAGAAGCCGGGAGCCAAAAACUGGCGAAACAGGAGGCGGCGGCAAAAGCCAUGAGGGUCCUGAUGAGCGAAGCGGAGAAUGGGAGACACAGGGAAAUUAAAUGUGAAGAACCGUUUCCCUCCGACAGCCCUGAGCCGGCGUUGCCUUUGCGCCUGGAGCCCGAGCCGCCAUCCGCUCCGGCUCCUCUCAGCUUGCUUCCCGGGAAGCACCCCAUCAGCGUGCUGAUGGAGUACGGCCAGAAGUCGGGGCACACGAUCGAAUUCCAGCUGCUCUCUCAGGAGGGCCCACCGCACGACCCGAGGUUCAGCUACUGCGUGAAAAUGGGUGACCAAAUUUUCCCUGCCGUGGUAGGAAACAGCAAGAAGGGAGCGAAGCAAAUGGCAGCAGAAGUUGCUGUGAAGAUUCUGUCGGGAGAGUCUGUGCCCCACGUCUCGCCUGAACAGCCCGACGUGAAGCCCCCCGGCAACCCCUCCGUGCCCAGCUGCACACCAUGGAUCCCCGCUCCGGAUGAAUCCAAGGUGGCGAAAGCGAAGGGCGUCGGGGAGCUCAUCAAAUACCUGAAUGUCAACCCCGUCAGCGGGCUGCUGGAGUACGCCCGCUCCAAUGGCUUUGCCGCGGAAUUCAAGCUCAUCGACCAGUCGGGACCCCCCCACGACCCCAAGUUCAUGUACCAGGCGAAGGUUGGCGGCCGCUGAAAAAACGUAACCGCGCACAGCAAGAAGCAGGGCAAGCAGGAGGCGGCCGACGCGGCGCUCCGCGUCCUCAUCGGGGAGAGCGAGAAGAUGGAGCGCAUGGAAGGGGCGAACAUCACCGAG